UGAGGAACUGCAGUAGCUAUGUAGGUACUGACUGUACUUAGUCUCUGGUGGCAUUUGUGAAUUUGCAGAGACGGCAACAAUUUAAUGCUGGUCGUGCCACUGGCAGUCGUCAUAUCCGCCGCCGCGUUCCCGUUCAAUGUGUUUGCAUCGUUGAAACGACGCGAACCGCCGCCGUGGCAUUUGUUCCCAUUGCCCCACACAUUAGACUCGACCAAGCUUAGCCGUCGCAAAGCUAAUCGAGCUCGCGACAUGUCCAUCUGGGAAGCGCUCAGUCGCCUUGGCCGGGUGUAUUACUCGUACACCGACGAUCCCACGAGCGAGCCCCCCGUCUUGUUGCUAGCGAUUCAACAGUUGCUCUCCGACACAUUGCACAUGAGUCAGACGGAACGACACGUCAUCGCUCAAUUCGCAUUCACGCCGCAUGACUUGUGGGAAGGCGAGGCGCUGUAUCAAUUCCUCCAAGGACUCGUCAUCACAUCACGGGAUCGCACCCAUCGGACAAUGGAAGUGGCGCUCACGGCAUGCUUGGACGAGCUGUACACGUCGUACGCUACGAGGCACACCGCCGCCGCCUAGGGUGCACGAACGUUUGACUACUACAUACUGUCUGUCAAACUAUUACUCCCUCCGUUCCAAAAUAAGUGCGCGAGUUUUGGGAGGGGGGACAUGACACUUCAUUAAAUUCACAAGGUAAAUUGGAAACAUGGUGUCGCCCAUUGGAAUUCGAAA